UUUUUUUUCUUUUUAACUCAAACAUAGUUAGCUAACCAAAAGUUUCCUCAGCUGCAGCCUCAGAAACAGAACAACCUAAAAUCUCCAAGAUAAAAACAUAUCAAAAAGGAGUAUUCACAAUGAAGAUGUUCCAUAUAUCGGUGUCAACUUCAACAGCUCUGAUUCUGCUAUUUCUAGCUUUGUGUAGCAGCAAGAAUAGUGUAGAGGGUCAGCAGAUGGCCCCAGAUUCCAUGGAUAUUGCUUCUGGUAAAGCUGUGAGAGAUUUGCAGAUAAACAAGGAGACAAAAGAAGAGUCUCCAAGAGGUGAAAAAUAUAGCUUCCGGAGAAUACCAAGGAGGGGCUCUAACCCUAUAAACAACAAGAACUAUCCCCUCAAAGAUGUAGGAGGAAGUAGGAAACAGAGCACCACCGAAAGAGAACCAUAGAUCCUUUUUUUUUGUUCUCUUCGGUCCUCUUUUGUAUGUGUGUAGAACAGUGUAUCUAAACUUGUUUCUAGAAGCUGUAAUGUAAUUGAAG